AUGGGCGGCCAAGUAUCCAAGAUGAUGGGGAAGAUCUUCGGCACGAAGGAGAUGCGGAUCCUGAUGCUGGGUUUGGAUGCUGCUGGGAAGACCACUAUUCUUUACAAAUUGAAACUCAGCAACCAGGACGUCACUACGAUCCCUACCGUCGGCUUCAACGUCGAGAGCGUUACCUAUAAGAAUGUCAAGUUCAACGUAUGGGAUGUCGGUGGUCAGGACAAGAUCCGUCCUCUCUGGCGACACUACUAUUCCGGCACACAAGGUCUGAUUUUCGUGGUGGACUCAAGCGAUACCGCGCGCAUGGAGGAGGCCCGUUCGGAGCUACACAAGAUUAUCAACGAUCGCGAAAUGAAGGAUGCCCUUUUGCUGGUGUUCGCCAAUAAGCAAGAUAUCGGCGGCCACCUGAGCCCCGAGGAGGUUACUCAACAACUCCAGCUCACCAAGCUCAAGGACAAGCUGUGGUAUGUCGCGCCUAGUGUGGCGACAGAUGGAACCGGUAUUUUUGAAGGCCUGGCAUGGCUCUCCAACAAUGUCAAGACCCAGCCGCAAAAAUAA